AUGACAUUUGUGAGCGACAAAUGGAAAAUGCUUUUGCACGUGUUUUGCCACAAGCUUUUGAUCCUGAUCUUGAUCAUGACUUUCUACGGAUUACCAAUCAAAGGUCAAGAACUCCGUCGAAAUAGUGUAAUAGCAUCAGUGAUCUCUACUGAAAAUUCUUCGAAUAAUUCGCAAACUCGCCACGGAAGAUUUUUAUUUGACGAAUUAUUUGGUAUCGACAUUGCCUCUGAUAUUGAAACCGAUGAAGAAAAAUUAAGAAACUGCACAUGCGAAUGUGGCUUAUCAAAUCAAGAAAAUCGGAUUGUUGGUGGACGUCCUACGCUACCGUAUAGAUAUCCCUGGAUUGCAAGGCUGGUAUAUGACGGUCGUUUCCACUGCGGUGCUAGUCUACUUAACAACGAUUAUGUAAUUACUGCUGCUCAUUGCGUACGGAGGUUGAAGCGAUCGAAGAUUCGCGUGAUACUCGGCGAUUAUGACCAAUACGUGAACACUGAUGGAACUCCUAUUAUGAGAGCAGUGAGUGUUGUGAUACGUCAUAAGAAUUUUGAUAUGAAUUCCUAUAAUCAUGACGUGGCCUUAUUAAAAUUACGCAAAUCCGUGAAAUUUUCAAAGAAAGUUCGACCGAUUUGUUUACCUCAACCAGGAUACGAUCCUGCUGGAAAAGAAGGAACAGUAGUGGGAUGGGGUAGAACAUCGGAAGGAGGAAUGCUGCCUGGAAAAGUACAGGAGGUACAAGUACCUAUAUAUAGUUUAACACAAUGCCGGAAAAUGAAAUAUCGAGCAAAUCGAAUUACCGAGAAUAUGAUUUGCGCGGGCCGAGGUAACCAGGACUCUUGUCAAGGUGAUAGUGGCGGUCCUCUUCUUGUUCAGGAAGUUGAUAAGCUGGAAAUAGCAGGUAUAGUCUCUUGGGGUGUGGGCUGUGGUAGACCUGGUUAUCCCGGAGUCUAUACUCGAGUGUCACGAUAUCUCAAUUGGAUUCAUGCAAACAUGAAGGAAGGCUGUUUAUGCGCCGGGGUAUUCAAAGAUAAAAUGAAAAACUUAUUUGGACUUUUUGGUAAUAAACCACCUCACUCUGAUAAUUCACCUGCUCCUUGCUACUGUAGUUGUGGGCUACGAAAUGAAGAAAGUCGUAUAGUUGGUGGUCAAACAACGAGUAUGAAUGAGUUUCCAUGGAUAGCUAGAUUAUCGUAUCUAAACAAGUUUUAUUGCGGCGGGACAUUAAUAAAUGAUCGCUACGUCCUCACAGCCGCGCAUUGCGUGAAGGGAUUCAUGUGGUUCAUGAUCAAGGUUACUUUUGGAGAACAUGACAGAUGUAUCGAAAAGCCAACGGAAACCAGAUACGUGGUACGUGUUAUGACCGGUGAUUUUAGUUUUCUGAAUUUCGACAAUGAUAUCGCACUACUUCGUCUCAAUGAAAGAGUGCCGUUGAGUGAUACGAUACGACCGAUAUGCCUGCCGUCAUUGUUGGAUAAUGAUUACGUAGGGGUAAAUGCCAUCGCAUCAGGUUGGGGCACAUUAAAAGAAGAUGGCAAACCGUCCUGUCUUCUCCAGGAAGUCGAAGUUCCAGUCAUGAGUCUUCAAGCAUGCCGCAAUACCAGCUAUAGUCCCCGAAUGAUCUCGGACAAUAUGCUAUGCGCGGGUUACCUAGAAGGAAAAAAGGACUCAUGUCAAGGAGACAGCGGUGGACCCCUUGUAGCGGAACGCGAGGACAAGAAGUAUGAGCUCAUUGGCGUUGUGUCGUGGGGUAAUGGAUGCGCUCGACCUGGUUAUCCAGGUGUGUACACAAGGGUCACACGGUAUAUGGAUUGGAUUUUGAAGAAUUCAAAGGACGGCUGUUUCUGUGAACACAACUGA